AAUCAAUCACAUGAUUUGUGAUCACGUGACCAGAGGCCACCUCUCAUGACACACAGGCUCUCUUUCUGAUUUUAGGAGGCGUUUGUGUUAAUAAUAGCCUUAUUUUGCGUUUUGUUUCUACUUCCUCCGUUUUAUAAGGCUUUAAAGUCUUAACUGUUUGUUGCCUACAGGGUCUGAAAGGCCCAUAGCUGUGUGGCUACUGUUAUUUAGCUAGGUGUUAGCUAAGCCUAGCCUAGCUGUGGACGUAAACAACGGAAAUGCAGACGAGGUUUAGUUCAUUUUAGAUCAUUCUUUAAAUCAGCAUUAAAGAUAAAAUGGCGACUAUUCUGGAUGAUUAUGAAGACUCUCAGAUGAUCAGACACCCGGUGCAGUCUGGACGCCUUCCUGCGGCCAACAUGAUCGGGAUAACCCACUCAGGAUUCGUGAACAUCAGGCUGGAGGAAGAAAAGCCGAUCUUCAACAAGCAGCGGAUCGACUUCUCGCCUCCCGAAAAGAUCAAUCACUUCUGCGUGUGCAACAACCAGCUGUGCAUGAGUCUCGGGAAGGACACUCUGUUGAGGAUCGAUCUGGGGAAACCGGAUCAGCUGAACCAGAUCGAGCUGGGAAGGAAGGACGACGGGAAAGUACACAAACUCUUCCUGGAUCCCACAGGAUCUCACUUGGUGAUUAGUCUGAGCACGAGCGAGUGCGUCUACUUGAACAGAAACACUCAGAAGGUCCGCGGCCUCUCUAGGUGGAGGGGCCACUUGAUCGAGAGCGUGGGCUGGAACAAGAUUUUAGGCAACGAAACAAACACCGGCCCGAUCCUUGUCGGAACCGGCCAGGGCAUCAUCUUCGAGGCAGAAAUCUCCGCUUCCGAGGGUUCCCUUUUCAACACCAACCCAGACCAGUACUUCAGGCAGGUCCAUUCCUUGGAAGAGGACGGGAAGCCGGCGCCGGUCUGCUGCCUGGACGUGGAACGUGGGAUAGAGUCGAAGUACUUCAUUAUCGCCACCACACGCAAACGCCUCUUUCAGUUCGUCGGCAAGUUAGCCGAGGGUUCCGAGCAGCAAGGCUUCAGCUCAAUCUUUGCUCAGAAUCAGGAUCCUUCACCGAGCUUUCAGGAGUUUCCCGUGAACAUGGGCUACAGCGAGAUAGGCUUCUACACCUCCAAGCUCCGUUCAAGCCCGAACUCCUUCGCCUGGAUGAUGGGAAACGGGGUUUUUUACGGCCGCUUGGACUACUCGCGGCCCGACUCUCUUCUCAGCGACGUCCAGGUUUGGGAAUACACACCGGAUAUCGACUUCGACUAUAACAAACCCAUCUCCAUCGUCCUCACGCAGUUUCAUUUCCUUCUCCUGCUCCCCGAUCGCGUCAAGGCCGUCUGCACCUUGAACGAACAAGUCGUCUACGAAGACGUCUUCCCGGAUAAGUUCGGCCCCCUCAAAAAGAUGAUCAAAGACCCCGUCGGCGGCCUGGUGUGGAUCUACACCGAGAAAGCCGUCUUCCGGUACCACAUCCAGAGGGAGUCUAGAGACGUCUGGCGGAUGUACAUGAGCAUGAAGAAGUUUGACCUGGCCAAAGAGUACUGCAAGGAUCGACCCGAGUGCAAGGAUAUGGUGCUCGCCAAGGAGGCGGAGCACUGGUUCCAGAACAAACACUAUCUGGAGAGCGCCAAGUGCUACGCUCUGACGCAGAACUACUUCGAAGAGAUCGCGUUGAAGUUCAUCGAAGCCAAGCAGGAGGAGGCUCUGAAGGAGUUCCUGCUACGAAAACUCGACAACCUCAAAGCCAAAGAGAAGACCCAGAUCACGCUGCUCGUCACCUGGUUGACCGAGCUGUACCUCAACCGCCUCGGACAACUGGAGGCGGACGUCCGAAAGAGGGCGGAGUUUCAGGAAACGCGUGAGGAAUUCCGACGCUUCCUGUGUACCAACAAGCACAAGGAGUGCUUCUACAACAACCGGAGCACCAUCUACGAUCUCUUGGCGAGCCACGGCAACGUCGACGACAUGGUCUACUUUUCCGUCAUCAUGCAGGACUACGAGAGGGUCAUCUCUCACCACUGCCAGCACGACGACUACGCGGCCGCCCUCGACGUCCUCUCCAAACACUGCGACGAGAAGCUGUUCUACAAGUUCUCCCCGGUUCUCAUGCAGCACAUUCCCAAGAAAGUCGUGGACGCCUGGAUCCAAAUGGGCAACCGGCUCGAUCCCAAGCAGCUGAUCCCGGCGCUGGUGAACUACAGUCAGAUCGGCAGCACCCAGCAGAUCGACGAGACCAUCCGUUACAUGGAGUUCUGCGUGCACGAGCUCAGCGUCAAGGAAGAAGCCAUACACAAUUAUCUGCUGUCACUCUACGCCAAGUACAAGCCGGAUUCGUUGCUGUGGUACCUCGAGCAGGCGGGAACGCACGCCUCGGAGAUCCACUACGACCUGAAAUACGCCUUGCGCCUCUGCGCCGAGCACGGCUAUCACCAAGCCUGCGUGUUGGUCUACAGGAUAAUGGAGCUGUACGAAGAAGCCGUGGAUUUAGCUUUGCAGGUGGAUGUCGAUUUGGCCAAGUCGUGCGCGGACCUCCCCGAGGACGACGAGGAGCUGAGGAAGAAGCUGUGGCUGAAAAUCGCCCGUCACGUGGUUCAGGAGGAGAAGGACGUGAAGAAGGCGAUGAACUGUCUGUCCAGCUGCAACCUGCUGAAGAUCGAGGACAUCUUGCCUUUCUUCCCGGAUUUCGUCACCAUCGACCACUUCAAGGAGGCCAUCUGCGUCUCGCUGGAGGAGUACAACCAGCACAUCGAGGAGCUCAAGCAGGAGAUGGAGGAGGCCACGGAGAGCGCCAGGCGCAUCCGGCAGGACAUCCAGGAGAUGAGGAACAAGUACGGUGUGGUGGAGUCUCAGGAGAAGUGCGCCACCUGUGACUUCCCCUUACUCAACCGACCCUUCUAUCUCUUCCUGUGCGGACACAUGUUCCAUUACGACUGCCUCUUCCAGGAGGUCACGCCACACCUCUCGGCGUACAAGCAGAGCAAGCUGGAGGAACUGCAGAAGAAGCUCGCUGCUGCCACGCAGACCACCAAGUCUCGCCACAGACCCAAGGAGGAGGACGCGGUGAGCCUGGGGAAAGGCCAGGGCAGCCGAGAGCAGAUCAAAUCGGACAUCGACGACAUCGUGGCGUCCGAGUGCGCCUACUGCGGCGAGCUGAUGAUCAAAUCCAUCGAUAAGCCUUUCAUCGACCCGCACAGCUUCGAGGAAGAAAUGUCCAGCUGGCUCUGAAACUCAUCUUCUGUAAAAUGCACCUGACGUCAUAGCUGCCCCGUGUGUGUGUGUGUGUGUGUGUGUGUGUGUGUGUGGAGCAGAGCCCUCUGUACACGCAUCAACGUUUCAGUGCUUUCAGAAUGCCUGUGUGUUACUGAAUACUCAGACAUGUAGCAUCAAGAGCUUUUAAAGAUUUUCAGCUAAAUCAUAAACUCCAACAGUGUAACUGUGCCUGUGUGUGUGUGUGUGUGUGUGUGUGUGUGUGUGUGUGUGUGUGUGUGUGAAGGUGUAAAUGCUUUAAUGUGUAUCACACGGGAUUACACAAAUAAACCCUACAGCAUCGUG